GGUUAAAACAUACCGGUUGUGAGCAGUUCAGGGGUGGCCAUUCCAGAAUCGUGAGAGUUGACGUCAGAGUCAGUCCAAAGAUGAUCAACCAAACGCAGUACAGGUCCAUUCUCCUCGAGAAAUGUUCUGCACGUCCCUGACAACGCAGGAUAACAUGUAUUGGAGAUGUGUUGUGAUGGUACAAUGUGAAGCCUUCAAUUCUGAGAAUGAAAUACAGGUAGUUUACAGGAGGACAUGUGCAGGCUUGAACAAGGAAAUGCUUUGAGGUAACCUGACCAACAGCAGCCAUGUCUGAAGGACCGAAAAAGCCAAAGUAUUCGGCAACACGCCGGCUGCUCCUAAAGACCAAACUGCUGAAAAAGGCAGGGAUAAUGCUGGUGGCUGAGGUUGCGGACAAGAAACGUGAAAGAGAGAGCGCUCUGAAUGAGAGAGCCCCACCCCUCAAACUGUCUGGCCUGUCUGUGCAGGAGCUACAGAUUAAGUCGCUGACCCAGAAGAUCGAUGAGAUUAAGGGGUCGAAGAAGCCUACUCUGAAGAGGGUGAAAAAGUCUGCCGCCGACGCCUUGUCGGGAGCCGUGGCCGACACUGGCAAAAUGAAGGCUGACUUCACAUCCGGCCUCAAGAAAGUCAAGAAGGAAGAGGAGAAGAAAGAAGAGGUGACUGACUGGCGUAAGAAUGUGGAUGCCAUGUCUGGCAUGGAGGGCAGAAAGAAGCUGUUUGAUGCUGGAAAAUAAGCAGGGUCAUGUUGUACCACCAUUAAGAGAGAAGUAUGCCAAGACUGUAAGAACCCACAAAGAAGAGAGAGAGGAGGUCAGUUCUAGAUGAAAUGUGAAUUUCAUGUUGUGAUAUGAAAUGAAUUUUAUAAAGAAUCAUGUCAACCAUGUCAACCAUGUCAAUUUUACGUGUGUGUCCCCUGUUUAAUGUGAUAUGAGAGUUUGCUAGUUCACAGGGAAUAUUGUUGAUAUUAUAUAUUGUAGAUAUGUUAUAGAUAGUUGUGUUAUAAAUUAUGUGUUGAUAGAAUCAGUUAUUUAUGAUGUAUUGGUAGUAUCCCUUAUGUAAAAACCACAUGAUUUCAAGUGGAAAAUCACAUGAUUGCACAUGUAAAAGUUUAUUGUGAAACAAUGUGGUUUUGGAACACUUCACAUGUGAGGAUAUUUCACAUUAAAUUUCACUUGGAUUUUCACGAUAUCAAAUUAUAUUUCACAUGUGAACCAAUGUGGUUUUGGAACACUUCACAUGUGAUUAUAUUUCACAUGAAGUUUCAUGUGGAUUCAAAUGUUCACUUGUGUAUAUUUUUCACAUGAGAUUUCACAGGUGAUGAUGCCCUGCAUACAAUAAUUUGUCACAAAAUAGUUGCAGUGUUUUCAACUUACGUAUUUGACACACAUGAUUAUAUUGUGCAUGUUUAUUUCAGUGGAGGGGAGGACGGCUCAUAAUAAUGUCUGGAACGGAGCCAAUGGAAUGGCAUCAAACACAUGGAAACCAUGUGUUUGAUGUUGUUACCUUUCCACCUAUUCUGCUCCAGCCAUUAACACAUGCCCAUCCUCCCCAAGUAUGGUGCCACCGACCUCCUGUAUGUUUAUUUAUACAGUAAUUACUAUUCAACAUGUCCUCACCUUCCUGCCAUGCCACCAUGUCUGUGUCAAUGACUGAUUUCACUUGUAUUCCUACACUUUGGACUUCAAAGUGAAUCUUAGCUUUGUAUAAUACACUCAAGAAAAUCUAUUAUAUUUAUCAUAGUGAUUCAUCAACAUCAGACAAUUAUACAGAAAACCCUCAAAUUGCUGAAAUAAGUAAACUAAAUCAAUGAUGAGAGAAUAGUCAGAUUAAAUGAUAACUGAAAUAGUAAAAGAGGGCCAUCUGCACUGCUAAGUGCAGAGAUGUAUUAUAGGUGCUGAAUGUGUAGGGGAUUUCUGAGAAUGGUACAGACUUUGUGGCGCAGCAGAAAGGUCAGCGUACCCCAAUUCCCAGUUGGGGUCAUAUUGAAAAGUCUACUAAGUGAUCAUGUAAAAUGUAAUCAUUUUUCUAUUGAUGAAAGGUUUUUGCACUAUUUUAGCUGAACAGCGUACCAUUUACCUUAAACCCCCCCUACCAUUUCAUUACUUCUCUAUCAAAAAAAAAUGUGAAAGGUGCAGUUUCACAUGUGAAACCAUAUAUAUUACAUUUAGAGUUCAUAAUUUAACACCAGCUUUUCACAUGUGAGGAGAAUAACAUUUUGUGAAAUUUGCAGAUUCACAUGUGAAAUUUGCAGUUCCAUAUAUGAAACACUUUCACAUGUGAAAAUGAAAAUCAGCAUUUUAACAUGUGAAAAACUUUCACAUGUGGAAUUGCAUUUUCACAUGUGAAAAUCGAAUUUGUCACAGUCUUCAUCAUUGACUUCUAUUUUAGGAUAAUAUGAUGAUUUCACUUGCCCGAGGUCAUUCAUUAUCCACCUACAAAACAUUCUCAGUCCACUCCUUAUAAGUGUAUGUGGAAUAAGUACUAACUAAGUGCACGGUAAUGUGGUUCACUAGCCUGGUCCCAUUCUGUAUAGCAGAAUGUAUAGCCAACUCUUCUAUUGUUGUCAUGACAUAUGAUGCAGGCUGCAGUGCAUUAAACCUCUAUCUUACUUUACAUUGGUCUUUCCCAACCCUGGUCCUCCAGUACCCCCAACAGUACACAUGUUUGUUGGGACCCUGGUCCUCCAGUACCCCCAACAGUACACAUGUUUAUAGGGACCCUGGACAAGCACCCCUGAUUCAACUGAUCCUCAAGCCCUCAAUGAGUUGAAUGAGGAGUGCUUGUCCAGGGUCACAAUACAAAUGUGUACUGUUGGGGGUAUUGGAGGACUAGCAUAUGUGGAAUUGCAAGUUCACAUGUAAGAAACAUUCACACGUGAAAAUUGAAUUUGCAGUUUUACAUGUGAAAAACGUUCAAAUGUUGUCACAGGUGAAGUGUCAUGGCAUCACAUGUUGAAAUUUGCAUCCUCAUGUUGUCAUAUUUAUUUCACUUGAGAUCAUCUUUUCACAUGUGUAGUUUCAUGUUAUCACAUUUACUUCACAUGUGAAAUUCAUGUGUUUUUCCGUAAGGGAUUGUAGUUCUGUAGGUGGAUGGAUAACUGUCAAUAUCAUCUGAAUAGAUAUUUCAGGUCAGAGCCAGGAAUGUGAUGAUAUUAACUGUACAGUAUCUGAAAAGUUGUACAUUUUCAGUUGAUUUAGCAAAAUAAAAAAAGAUGAUCGCUA